UAUUAUCCGGGGUUCUUUCACUCCCUUACUUCACCUGUUCUUCGGAUUUAUCACAGAUCCCCUCCUGCAAUCAAUAGAACAAAGAGCCGAUCAUGCAACAACCCCCUUGCCCGCAAUGUCCACGAGGCUACGACACGCUUGCGCAUCUAAUGGCGCUGGAUCCAGGGCUCUCAUUCUUCCGGCGCUUCACGGUUCUGAACACAAAGAAUUUGCUCUACCUACAGGCCGAACUAAGCCUUGCCGAAGCAUCCCUGAAGGAUAUCGUUCACGAAGACCAAGAAUCGGGGUCUCAAACGAAAAAGGCCUACCCGUACUCCGUGGAGGCGCUUCUUGAGUCAUACAACGUGGAGGGAGACAGCGCCAAUGCGGCCCAAUGGUCGAAGGUACUCGAGGUACGGAAAAUGCUGAAGGAGCAUAAUGAAGCACUCCUUCAACACACCCAAUUGCUUCGACUCAGCAGCCCUGAGCGCAGCGAUCUAGCUAUGUUUCAAGAAUGGCUCGAUGCGCAAGAAGCGCGCGAGGGGACGUUUCUUCGACCGCGGCACCAAUGGCGCGACGAUGGUAAUACCAAUGAUCUCGUGGCGCUGCGCAGUCGGUUUGAAGGCACGGAUCUGCUUACGCGAUGGAUGUUCACUAAGCUUGUUCCAUGGUAUCAUCAGCGAUUUGGGGUCCGAAACUCGACUCUGAGCAACCAUGCUGUCCAUGCCUGGAUCUACGAUGAUCGAACCGUCAGACGGACCAGCUAUUUCAUCAGUCUAGUAACAGCUGGGGUGCUCCCUGCCUCAUCGAUUAUUGUCUUGCUGUAUUUGAAGAAGACCACAAUCCGAAUGGUGUUUGUUAUAGUCUAUAACCUAGCUUUUGUUCUGAUUAUGGGCUGGAUGGUGAAAGCACGAAGAGCCGAUCUUCUGGCAGUGUCGACAGCUUUCGCGGCUGUUCAAGUGGCCAUGAUCGCGACCAAUGAUUCCGGGUAGUUCCAGAGAGGCUGUCUUGUAUAAAUAUUGAUUAUAUACAUAUAACUCUGGCAGAAUUCCAUUUUGUUUGAUGCCGGUUUCCUG